AAGGCAUUCCAAAGCAUGGCACAACUGCUGCCGCUGCUGCUGACUGGUGACCCAAAACAACAAUGCCCAGUGAAUAGUUAGUUGGCGGAGGGAGAAGCGGGUGGCACUAUGAGAGUAGACCUUGGGUGAGAGUAAGAGAGCAAAUGUGUUUUAGAGUAGCUCAUCAAUGCGUUCCGAUAGUUUUCCGGCCAAAGGAUGGGUAAAUGGUAUGGGUUGUCUGCCGACAUUAUCCUGGCGGGUGGUGGUUGAUGAGCCCGACAAGUGGGUGGAUGGGCGUUUGUCUUGUGGCAUUGUUUUGGUGGUUGUUGCCCGUAGUCGUCUCAUGAUAGGUUGCACUACAUCAGGUCUUUGGUAUCCUCCCCCUCUUCACAUGUCAUUGGCAUUCAAAUCUAAUUUCGAAACGCCAGUUGUGUCAGGUGUCCUAAAGCUACGCAAUUUCUUGUAGCUUUCAGUUCUUGGCGACGCGUCCAACAAUAAGGAUUAAAAUCAUCCGUAAAACGGUAGUGCAAAAUAUUAAAGGAAUAGAAAAAAGGAAACACAUUAGAAAAAAAAUAAUAAUAACUCAACAAGGAAUAUUUGGAAUUGAAAAAAGUGUGCUGUUGCUGAAUAUUUGUAAAUGUUAAAUAUUCGAAAGUACCGUGCGUGUUUAAGGAUACCGAAUACAAAUACUAGGAGCAAAUCAUAAACUUGUGUAACCAUUGAAAAUGAUGAACGAGGCUUAUACGGAAUGUCGUAUACUACCAGCGAUUAAUGAAACUUUUCCCCAGUUCAGUGCCAGACCACCGAUAUUAGAACAUCAACAUCAUCACCUGCCACAACUACCACCACCUCCACAAACAACAACAUCUCUAUUCCAGCUACCAAUAGUGCCACAGUCUCAGACAAUUUCGCAACAACAAAGGCAAAUAACACCAGUCAACAAUUUAAUAAUUUCCCCAUUAGAUCUCUCGCUUAGGGCAGGAGUUAAUAUUGUGCCCAUUACCCCGCCCUCAACACCCUCGCCACCUAGGAAACGGUCAAGAUUUAUGAUGACAGAGGAACAGCAACAUUUUUUGUGGCGACCGCAUGUCAUGGGAACCAACAGCAGUAGCAGCAGCAACACAGCGCCACAAACACAGGCGGAUGGCAACACAACGGCCACGGCAACAACAACAAAUAGUGCUUCGGUGAGAAGUCCGAACAGAGUCAUGACAACGGAAAGUCAAAACUAUGUUAGCUCCAUCUAUGCAAGACGUGAGGAAUUACCUCUGUUCCCAGUGCAGGACAAUGAAGGAUAUGAAACAUUAACACAGCAAACUUUUGCAGGACGCAAUAAUGCGGCCAGCAGAGAGGCACUGGAAGUGGGAAAUAAUUUUGCGGAAAUACCAAAAAGUCAACGAAGUGUAACGAUGAUAAUGGACGAAUAUCGCCAACAACCACAGCAGCAGCAACAACAUCAUCAACUUCCCAGUAUGCCAACAAUUUAUGUGGAUGAUGAGACAAUUGUCCUGACGGAAGAUGAGGAUGACGAGGAUGUCGAUGAGGCCAGAGAAGAAGUCAAUGAAAACGAUGGCUCUGAUGAAGAAAUUGAUGAAGAAAAUGAAACAUUUGUCAGUUCUCAAGGGCUCAGCGAAGAUGUGGAAACUAAUGAGGCUCACCUCCACCCGCACCACCAGAACCAUUUACACCACACCGCCUCGUCGCCACAUAGUUCGCAUAACAGCAGCUCAGAGCCAAGGUAUGAAAACAAACAUCAAAGUGCCAAUGCGGAUGAUGAGGAGGAAGAAGACCCUGACGAAGACGAAGAAUAUGUUGACAUUCUAAGUAACGAUGACGACGACAUAAAUCCUUUGUCCAGCAAAGCCAUCACCAUGUUGCGCCUGCAAAGCCAAACCGAGAUGGAACAAGAACUCGCCCGAGAUGGUCAAGUGUUGACGCGCAACAAAUUGGUCUACGAAAAUGAAGAAUUACACAAUCGAGCUGUUGAUGGUCUGGCGAAAUUAUUUGACAGGGAUUUCCAGAAGGGAAAUUCCAAUAACGAUGCUGGCAACAAUAACAAUGGGAAAACCUACAUUGAUUUGACAAAUUGCACAAAGUCCCCAGCGGAGAAUCCUUAUGCCACACGAAUGCCAGGCACCCAAGACAAACAGGAAAUAAUGAUAACCUCAAACUCCAAUGUACCUCCUCCUCCUAUUCCUCCCACUGCUAAUGGUCACAAUCCCACCAGCAGCAGCAAUCACAUACGUCCGACAGCGUAUAAGACCCACAAAACCGAACGUAAACGUAUGAAACUACGCAAACACAUGUCACUGGACGAAGAGACUAUUAGCCCAGUUUCGGGUACCAUUAUCCGCAAGUUACGCGACGACGAAGAGCUAGUGGUGCGCAAAGGCGACAUUGAUCCAGCUUUCAAUGUGGUCGAAGUCACCGAAGAGGCUAAGGCGAUUUUGGCCAGCAUCGAUAAUAAGAUUGGUGCAUAUCUGUGCCAGCUGUGUCGCACGCUGUACGAUGAUGCCUUCAAAUUGGCCCAGCAUCGUUGUCCGCGCAUUGUUCACAUCGAAUACAAGUGUUCCGAGUGUGAGAAGGUUUUCAAUUGUCCGGCAAAUUUAGCGUCACAUCGUCGUUGGCACAAACCCAAAUCAGAACUCUUGGCCAAUAGUCAGGCCAAAAAACGGCAGCAUAGUGAACGACUUCCCACCUCCGUUGGACAUUCGCCCGACAAAAACCUCAAUGAUGAUGGCAUUGAUGGAAUAUUUCCAUGUAAUCAAUGUGGAAAGACAUUCCGACGGCAAGCCUAUUUGAAAAAACAUCAAACCUCCCACCAAAUGCUGGAAAAUCUAAAAUCUCUGGAUAUCUUCAAAAACUCAACAACAAAUUCCACGAAUCUCCACCCGCCCGUCGGCUCACAUUUAAAUGCAGCACUGCACUCGUCAUCACGAAUUCCCAACACUCCUUUGUAUCCAUCAAUGAUACCACCACCGCGGCCAUAUCCCACAACUCGAUUUGGUCCAUUCCCCUUUGGCACUCCCUUCGACCAUAGGCGUUUCUACACCUUGGGUGAAUUUUAUUUGUCACAGCAAUUGGAACGCUCCUCAGCCUUUCAAUAUGUACAGGCGAAUCAUUUGCGUAAUUUGAGCAACGUUGCUGCAGGGAAUUUUGCCAGCCGGCCUACACCACUCGUCCCGCUCCCCGUGAAAUGACAAAAUAUUUUACGUCCUGUGCCGCGAAUAGCAGCAGCUGUGACCUCAACAAUAACAGCAACUACGACGAUCAGUCAGGAAUUGGUGGGUAGCACGGGUUCUUCUUCAUCGGCUCCUGGACGUCCACCGAUAUUAAACCAUUCUAGUCCACCGUUGGCGCGACCCACCGCCAAUCUCUCACCCAUUAAACCCUUCAAUUUGAUGACCUCAAAUAUUUAUGGUUCCAGUAAUUCCAGUUCUCGUUCCGAAUUCGAUGAUGUAUAAAAUUAAAGCAAUUGACAUUAUUAUUAUUGUUAGCCAAAUAUAU